AUGGCAAUGAUGACUGAAACCACCCCAGCCGUCCGAUUCCCUCCCUCCACCACUCCUGCUGCAAAUUUCUGCUGCUCCUUGCCCCGCAGCAGCUCUGCCAUUUCUUGGAAUAAAUUCCAAAGACUGAAUGGUGGUUCUUUCUUAAGAAGGAGCAGUCAUUUAAAGAGUAAGACUCAAGCGUCUGCAGAGAGUUUAGAUUCAAAUUUGGAUUCCUCAAAGCAGAAUGGUAGACUGCAAUACCAUCCGUCCGAAGAGAUUGCUGAGUCAACAUCAGAAACAAGCAUUGAUGCUAUUCUUACACCUCAAGAAACCUCUAGGACUAUCGUUGAGGUGAAAAGCAAAGCAACACUAAUGUUGACUGGUAUGAUCGAUGAUGAUAUUCAUGAGAACAUUAUCUGGCCAGACUUGUCUUAUGUGACUGAUGAACAUGGGAAUAUAUACUUUCAAGUGAAGAAUGAUGAAGACAUUUUGCAAACACUUACUUCAGAAAAUAAUUUUGUGCAAGCCAUUAUAGGUUUUGAUGCCAUGGAAAUGCUCAGUGAGAUGGAGUCAUUGGGUACGUCAGAAAUUGAUUUUGGAGUUGAGGAAAUUGAAGAUGAAGAUAGUGAUGUUGAAGAUGGGGACGAUGAGGAUGAUGAUGAUGAUGAUUAUGAUGAGGACUUGGUGGCUGUUCUUGAUGAUGAGGACGAGGAAGAUGAUUCUGAUGAGACACCUGGAGACUGGGCAAAAUUAGAGACUAUGCGUUCUUCUCAUCCAAUGUAUUUUGCCAAGAAGCUGGCUCAGGUUGCUUCAGAUGAUCCUAUAGAUUGGAUGGAGCAGCCUCCUGCUGGUCUAGCUAUCCAGGGCCUUAUUAGACCUGCCUUCAUAGAAGAACACUCUGACAUCCAGAGGCAUUUGUCUGGCAAUCAGUCUCCUCAUGCUGAUAUAAAUCAGGUUGGACGAGGCGUAGAAGGCAAAUUAGAAGAACCUGGUGUGAUAAAUGAUCAUGAACUUAAAUCAGGAUCAUCUGAAGAUAGUUCAAUGCGGGAAGAGGAAUUGGAGAAGGAUGAGGUCCCAAGAAGUGGAACUUCAUUUUACAAGCUGGAGAUUAUUAAAAUUCAGCUGAUUUCGGCUCAUGGACACCAAACUACGGUCGAAGUAGAAGACUUCAGGAAAGCAAAACCUGAUGCAAUUGCACUUUCGGCAGCCAAAAUCAUAUCUCGUAUGAAAGCUGGUGGAGAAAAGAUUACACAGGCCUUUAAAUCUCUGUGCUGGAGAUGCAAGGGUAUUCAAGUGGAGGAGGCAGCAAUGAAUGAAGUGGAUUCGCUCGGAUUCGAUUUGAGGGUUUGUUCUGGAACACAAAUCCAAACGUUGCGGUUUGCAUUCAAUUCACGGGCCACUUCAGAAUAUAGUGCUGAACGACAACUAAAUGACUUACUAUUCCCAAGGAUCCAAAGCAGGCUGUUGAAAAAGAAACAGACUCAUCAGAAUGAACAAUAA